ACUCACCUCAAGCCAAGAGCGCUGAACUGGCCAUGGAGUCGAGAAACUUCUUCCGCUUGCUCUCUCUAUUUCUAGCCGUAGCCCUCGUUUUACUCUUCACAUGGGUUCACUUCCCCUCGCCACCAUCCUCGACAGCCGACUCUCUCUACUGCAGCAUUAACUCCCCAUGGUGUACCUCCAAGAACCGAUUCCAAUCCCAACAAAAACAACACAACAACCUCCGCAAAAACCCCACGCGCCCCAACCGCCACCGUCACGCGACUGACACCCCACACCACCCACUUGACCCACUCACCGUUACAGAAAUUAACAAACUUCGUACCAUCCUCAAAUCCCACGCGCUCUUCCGAUCGUCGCAGUAUCAGCUCCACUCGAUUGUUCUCGAAGAACCCGAAAAACCGUUCGUCCUCAAAUGGAAAAAAGGGGACCCCUUGUUACCCAGAAAGGCCGCCGUCAUCGCUCGUGUCGACGGGAACUCAUACGUGCUGGCGGUCGACCUGGGAACAAGCGAGGUCAUAGUACAGGAAACCGGGUCGGUCUCGGGUUACCCGACUAUGACUAUAGAGGAUAUGACAUCGGCAACGGGGGCCCCACUCUCGAACGCCGAUUUCAACCGUACGAUUACAGACCGCGGUGUUGAUCUGUCGGACUUGGCGUGCUUGCCUAUUUCACUGGGUUGGUUCGGUAAAAAGGAGGAGAACAGGAGAUUGAUUAAGGUACAGUGCUACUCCAUGAAGGACACUGCGAACUUCUACAUGAGGCCAAUCGAAGGGCUGACUGUACUUCUCGAUAUGGACACGAAAGAAGUGGUGGAAAUAUCCGAUAAGGGACGGAACAUACCGAUACCAAAGGCGGCGAAAACGGAUUAUCGGUACUCUGAACAGGUUAACCAAGAAAUGAAGCUACUGAACCCGAUAUCCAUAGAGCAGCCGAAGGGUCCGAGUUUCAAAAUAGAAGAUGAACAUACUGUAAAAUGGGCAAAUUGGGAAUUUCAUCUCAAACCCGACCCGAGAGCAGGUGUGAUUAUUUCUCGUGCAAUGGUCCGGGACCCGGAUAGCGGGGAGAUGAGGAAUGUGAUGUACAAAGGGUUUACGUCUGAAUUGUUUGUCCCCUACAUGGAUCCGACUGAUGCGUGGUAUUUUAAGACGUAUAUGGAUGCGGGCGAAUAUGGGUUCGGGUUGCAGGCCAUGCCGCUGGACCCGCUUAAUGAUUGUCCACGGAAUGCGCAUUAUAUGGACGGCGUAUUUGCUGCUGCUGAUGGAACGCCAUAUGUGAGGUCAAAUAUGAUCUGCGUGUUCGAGAGUUAUGCAGGAGAUAUCGGGUGGCGACAUUCGGAGAGUCCGAUUACGGGUAUGGAGAUACGAGAAGUAAGGCCGAAGGUGACAUUAGUGGCUAGAAUGGCAGCAUCCGUCGCAAACUACGAUUACAUUGUUGAUUGGGAGUUCCAAACUGAUGGCUUGAUCAGAGUAAAGGUGGGACUUAGUGGAAUUCUGAUGGUGAAAGGCACCUCCUACGUGAAUGUGAACCAAGUCCCAGGCCAGGAAAACCUCUACGGCACGCUUUUGUCCGAAAAUGUGAUAGGUGUCAUCCACGACCACUACGUCACAUUUUAUCUCGACAUGGACGUCGAUGGCUCCCAAAAUUCAUUUGUGAAGGUGAAUAUUCAAAACCAGAAGACCCCACCAGGAGAAUCUCCCAGAAGAAGUUAUCUAAAAGCUGUUCGAAAUGUGGCCAAGACUGAAAAGGAUGCACAAAUUCAGCUUAAACUCUAUGACCCGUCUGAAUUCCAUGUAAUCAACCCGAAUCGAAAGACCCGGAUCGGAAAUCCGGUCGGGUAUAAAUUGGUCCCUGCUGGUACUGCUGCUAGCUUGCUUGAUCAUGAUGAUCCUCCUCAAAAACGGGGCGCCUUCACGAAUAACCAAAUAUGGGUCACCCCAUAUAACCGGACCGAGCAAUGGGCGGGCGGGUUGUUUGUUUACCAAAACCAUGGUGAAGACAAUCUUGCAACGUGGUCCGAAAGGGAUCGGUCGAUUGAGAACAAGGACAUUGUGGUCUGGUACACACUAGGGUUCCAUCACGUACCAUGCCAGGAAGACUUUCCGAUAAUGCCAACAGUUUCGUCGAGCUUUGAUCUGAAGCCUGUCAAUUUCUUUGAAAGCAAUCCAAUUCUUCGGAUCCCACCAAAUGUUGAGAAGGAUUUGCCUGUUUGUGUGCCUGCUGCUUCUGCAUGAACAACAGGAUCUGGCUACGAUUCCACGACGUAGGACCAUGCAUAUAUCAAGUAGAUUAAACCUUCAUAUAUGGCUACUGUAUGGAUCAUGCAUGUGUAAAAUACUUGAAUAAUAAUCAAAAGUACUAGAGAUUGCUUUAUGAUGA